AUGGCAUCACAGCGUAAGCUGAGGCUGUACAAGCCGAGAACCGUGAGGACGACUGACAAUGUUGAGGUUCCGUUCUGGGGUGAGCCCCCAGAACAAGCAGAAUCGAGUUUGACCCGUCAGCGUGCUGGAAUACAGUCCUCGUGUGACUGCACCACACAAACAGUCAUCUCCGGGGACGGCUGCGGCUCGUUGGCCUCGCGAUGUGGCAUAUCGGCAGCUGACUUCACAAAGUACAACCCGGACCCGGACCUCUGUUCAGCUCUAACCCCGGGCGAGCGGGUGUGCUGCUCGCCUGGCACGCUUCCAAAUAUCACACUGAAGCCUUUUCCCAACGGGACCUGUGACGAUGUGGGGCUUCAACAACUGUUCCAAGGGCUUGGACCUCGGGCUGAAGAUUUGUCUCUCAACAGGCGACGCACCUUUGCCGGCGCCAAUGAACAGUUCGGUCUGCGGGCCUACUGUACCUGUUUCCUAGGCACGGAACCGCCGUCCAACGGCACGGCGUUUGCAGACCUAAACCCAUGCCCGCUGAAGGCGUGUUGUAACAUAUGGGGCCAAUGCGGCAUCGACGGCGACUUUUGCGUGCCCUUCGAGGGCGACUACGUAAAUCCCGGCACGGCGCCGCCGGGCAUGAACGGCUGUGUCGCCAGUUGCGGCAGCGACAUCGUCAACAACGAUGAGGCCCCCGGAAGUUUCCUCUCGAUCGAAUACUACGAGACGUGGAACAUGGACCGGCCGUGCAUGCACAUGCCCAUCGUCGACGUCUCGGAGCUGAGUACUUCUUACAGCCACUUGCACUGGGCCUUUGGCGUCAUCGGCCAGGACCUGAGCGUGAGCAUCAAUGACACCUACAAGCAGUUCCAAUCCUUUCUUGAUCUAGGCGCGGGGACCAAGCGCAUCGUCUCGUUCGGGGGUUGGGGAGUUUCGACAGACCUGGCCACCUACAACCUUCUCCGUGAGGCUAUUAGCUCAGAGAACCGGGAUAGUUUUACCGACAAGGUCGUCGCCCUGCUGACUAGGGGUAUGUCUUCGCACCGCGAAUCUAGACGAUGGCCAGCUGAUAUAUUGAGCAUCACGGAGGCCCCCGAUAUCCCCGGCAUCCCGCCCGGACAGGCAGACGAUGGCGAGAACUACUUGCAGAUGCUGCAGUUACUGCGCACAAAGCUCCCUAGGGGCAUCAGCCUGUCGAUUGCGGCCCCUGCAUCGUACUGGUAUCUCCAAAGCUUUCCUAUCUCUGAAAUAGCCUCGGUGGUGGAUUACAUCGUGUACAUGACCUACGACCUCCACAGUUUGUCUCUCGGCCUGGGAGGAAUAAUCGAGCAUACUACUAACCUUUCUUACAAGGGCAAUGGGACUAUGGGAACCAAUACUCCGACUCGGGAUGCCCUGCGGGCAACUGCCUGUGAAGCCAUGUGUACGGACACGGCCGGCAUUCUCGCCAACGCCGAGAUCAACAGCAUCAUCGCCCAGGGUGUUGCCCAUACCUGGUUCGACGACGACUCGCAGUCGGAUAUGCUGGUCUACAACGGCACGCAGUGGGUUGCAUACAUGUCAGACGACACCAAGCAGUCGCGCGUCGGUCUGUACAGGUCCCUGAACUUCGCUGGCACCAGCGACUGGGCUAUUGACAUGCAGAUGUUUACCGAGGACGACGGGUGUCCGGCCGGCACCUGUGACCAGCCGGGCGUGCUCUACCUUAUCCUACCGCCGUUCAUCCUGCCCACCCCUACCACGUUUAAGUUUCCUUCGUAUGCAACGUCCCUCGAGGUUGCGUGGACGACUACCUUGACGACCAAGGGUACGGACCAGAGCACUACAACCAUCACGACCAUCGCGAGAACUGUCGUCACCACGACGCUGACGAUCCCACCUGUUACCACGACCGAUAUCAACUUCUGGAACACAGUCAUCCCGAACUCGACCGACGUCACGGCCAUAUGGCUCACCACUAGUGUUCUUUCACCUCCUUUCACCAUCACGGAUGACCCUGACCCCCUGAGCCAAGGCGUCACUCAUCCGCCUGUCACGCGGACCAUCACGCCGCCGCCCUGGCCAUACUCAUUCUCGACGCCCACGUCGUCAUCGAGCCCGCCACCAGACGAGACGGGUACUACCACGUCACACGUCCCGGUCGCCAUCAGCGUCGUGACCGAUGGUCCGCCCGGGCCAAGCUGCACGGCCAACUGCGGAUACUCGUGCAUCGUCUUCUGCAAUAAGCCGUGCUUGUUCUGCCCCCCAGGCCCACCAGGUGGCCCCAGUUCCGACAGCGGAUUUAUCGACCCGGACGACCCAAAUCCGCCGCCCUUCCCCGAGGAUGACGACCCGGAAGAUGACCAGCCGGAGGAGGAAAGCGAGCCCUGCCAGCCUGACGUCGACACCCAGACGGGACUCUGCGCCAACGGCAACACGCCCAUCUUCAACCCCGUCACGCGCGAGGGCUCCGACCUGCACAUCACGCAGCCGUGGUACAAGGGCAAGUGGCAGCCCUGGGGCCAGCCCCAGACCAACUUCGAGGGCUGGGGGCUGAUCGACUGCGAGGUGGAGGAGUACCCGUUCGGGUCCGGCAAUCCCAACCGCGGUCCCGACCUCCGCGUCUGGGACCAACAGUCGGUGCUCCGGCUCAUCCCGCGUGAGGAGAACGGGGCCCACGCGAGCGCGCUCAAGGCCUUCUACAGCGACAAUGCCAUGGUCAGCGGCACGCCGUACACGGUCGAGUUCGCAAACGGCCCGACGGGCACGACUGACGACGACUACUAUCUUGGGUCGGACACGUCGCACAACUUAUGUGCGCGGCCCUAUGGAAACGCAUUCAUUCUGGUGAACAAGGCUGUCGUGAACCCGGGAGAAAGAAGCUACGACCCAUGGUGGGACAACAAGUUGUUCGCCAAAACAAUCAACUACGUCACAGACAACAGCGGCCGAGUCGUUUCGAGCAGUGUCGUCCAGACCAUCAGCGCCUACUGCCAGUAUCCCUCGCCGGGCAAGCUCUUCAUGCAAGGCGGCGGAUGGGCUCGCCAUUUGCUGGGCAACACGAUGGACCGCCGAGACAGCCUUGUAUACUGGAGCUGCGACGACUUUCCAGCGUAUACCGGCCCGAUCGGCCAUCCGGUCCGACGCCGCGGGCGGCCCCUGGAGUGGGAUGACGAGGGGCUAAUAAACAAGACCGAGCAUGAGGCACAGCCUGUCGCACUCGUGAAGCACGUCGUGCACGCCGCGUCCGACUACGACAAUGCUGCCGACUUCAACAACGCCAGCAGCUCGUCGAAGCCGAGUUUUGCUCGCGCGGGGAGCCGGCAAAUCAUGGGGCGCGCCGCAGGGAGCUUCCUCGACGCGAGCGCCUUCCUCUACCUCAACUGCGGCACCAACGACGACGACCCGUGCUACUACGAGGGCGACGCGUGCUCCGACAACGACGCCGGCGACGGCUACAGCGUCCCUGGGGACAUGCCGACGCCCAGCCUGAGUCCGAGUCCGACCCAGCCGCCCACUCCUACUCCCACUCCCACCUCGCCGCCGACUACGCGGCCCACUCCCACGGGCCAGGUAUACAUCGAAAUCCUCACCGACGACGAUUGCAUCAAUGUCCUGGAACAAACCCAGUUGAACGCUAUCGGACAGUGCUACACCCCGACCGAUUCCGAUGGCAAUCCGGUAUCCUUUACGUGCUUCUCUGUCACCUACAUCAGCGAGGCGGCUGCCAAUUCGGCUGGUCUCGAAGCUCUCAAAGGACCCGGCUGCUUUUCCCAGGACGACUCCGAGCGGGAGGACUAUCCCAGCUUGACGGAUAUCGAAUUCGAUUACGAGAAGCCGUUCACCAUGGGAUCUCUCGGCCUUACUGGCAAGCUGGCAUGA